AUGGUUCGAGAUGCGGUGCCAGAGGAUUAUUGGGGAGUGGCAGAUACUCAUUGUAGUUGUUUCUUUCCAAAUUGUAGGUUCCCCAUCAAUCUUCUUCUCAGGAUCAACCGCUGUGUAAGGUUGCUUUCUGGGUUCCCAGUUCCUCUAGGCAGUAUGUGGACGUGUCUUGUUGCUGUUACUGGUAGUCCAGUGAACAAUAGCUCAUUUAUUCAGAGGGAUGAUCUUGAACCAGAAGACAUUGACAGCAUUAAGAAAGGAUGUGUAGCUGGAAUUCUUACAGUUGAUACAAUGGCUGACUUCCUUCCUAGGAAAGGUCCACUUCUACAAAGAAGAACAAGAAUAGCAUACAUAUCAAAUGUUGCGGUUAGGAAGGCGCACAGACGAAAGGGGAUUGCCAAGAUGCUCAUGGUCAAUGCAGAGGCCCGAGCCUGGAUUUGGGGAUGUCGUUCUGUGGCAUUGCAUUGUGACGUAAACAACUUAGCUGCUAUGAGAUUAUACAAGGAGCAGGGCUACAAGUGCAUACAGGUGCCAGCAAAUGCAAAAUGGCCCAAACCAAGGAGCAAACCAGGUACCCAGUUUAACUUUAUGAUGAAAAUUAUAAACCCUAAUGCAACCCCUUGA